AUGAAGAUAAUUAUAUAUUUUUGCAUUUGGGCAGCAGCUUGGGCCAUCCCAGUUCCUCAACUCCAACCAUCUGAGAGGCAUGCUGUUGAAAAGUCUGUGAUCUUACACGUUCUAGCAAAAUCAAAACUGCUAGUACAGGAUGAGUUAAAUGCCAAUGACACUGCUGAAGAGAGUCGUGUCCCCAUGCAUGAAAGUAAAAGAGGAAGGCAACAGUACACCAAAGAUGGCUACAAAGGAGAAGGCAAUGGCUCCGAGUGGGCAGAAGUAGGAGGAGAGAGGCCUUCUACACAUUCUACGCUAACAAAUGAAGAGGGGACUGUUGAGGAUCAGCCUGGAGGCACGGGAGCACCAGAACCAUAUGGUCAUGAUGGGAUACACGGAGAAGAUGACAACACCACAGCAAAUGGGAUCAGGGGACAAGUGAGCAUCACCAGCAGUGCUGGAGCAGCAAGUGGGAGCAGUAAUAUCGGGGACAGUGAUAAGGAUACAAAAGUUGGGGACGGUGGCCAUGCAAGUCAGAAUGAGGAUGCCACUGUUAUCCAAGAAGAUGGAACUCAAGUAGCUGGGGGCAGGAACACCACAGACCAUGAGGAGGAAGUAAAUGGAAAUUCCUCUGGAAAUGAAGGUGAUACAAAUGCUGUAACACCUCAGCAAGAAAGCGAGGGAAAUGGGAAUAGGGAAUCUGAGGGAAUACCAGGCAAUGGAGAAGAGGCUGGACUGGAUAAUUCUGAUGGGAAUCCUAGUGGAAAUGGAGCAGGUGAGGAUGAAGACCAAGGCUCUGGUGAUGAUGAAGGUGAAGAAGUAGAGAAUGGAGAAGAGGGCAGUGAUCACAACAAGGGCCAGGGGGGUCAAGGCCAUGGGAAUGAAGAUGACAAUGACAACAGCAUAGGUCACAAUUCAAUUAGUAGUGAAGAUGAUGAUCCUGAAGACAGAGAAAAGCUCGGCAAUGACAUGAACGAAGACACCUUCUCCAGGAGUGAGGAAGAUUCUGAUGGUACUCCAGAAGACCAUGGUGGCCAAACAAUAGAGGAUGCCCAGAAACCCAAUCUUAGUGAAAGCAAAGAUGUGAAAACUGGAAUCAUCAGAGAAUCGGAGCAGAGUGCUAUUAGAAGGAGCCAGGAUAAGGGACUAGAAAUGGAAGGCCCUGGCGGUGGUAACAGAAAUAAUAUUACCAAAGAAGCCAGGAAGGUCCAUGAAGGUAAAGAGAGCACAGGACAACAUGGAGUGAUCAUGGCCCAAGGACACGUCAAGACGCAGGGAGAAGUUAACGGUACACCGGGACCUGGUCAGAAAUUAGCACUUGGAAAUGAAGUCGGACGCAGGCAAACAGGCAGUGACAGCAACAGUGAUGGCUAUGAUAGUUAUGAUUUUGAUGAUGACUCUGUGCAAGGAGAUGACCCCCAGAGCAGCGAUGAGUCUAAUGGCAGUGACAAUGGUGAUUCAGAAAGUGACAAUGACAGCAGUAGCCAUGGAAAUGCUUCUUAUAACUCUGAUGAAUCACAUGAUAAUGGUGAUGACAGUGACUCAAAAGGAGGUGAUGAUGAUGGCAGUGAUAGCAAAUCGGAUGCUAAUGAUAGUGACAUUAAUGGUAAUGCUAACAAUGGGAGUGAUGGUAAUGACAUAUCAGACAGCAGCAAAGGUAAAUCAGAAAGCAGCGACAGCAGUGACAGUAAAUCAGAUAGCAGCAACAGCAGCGACAGUAAAUCAGAUAGCAGUGACAGCAGUGACAGCAGCGACAGUAGUGACAGCAGUGACAGUAGUGACAGUAAAUCAGACAGCAGUGACAGCAGUGACAGUAAAUCAGAUAGCAGUGACAGUAGUGACAGUAGUGACAGCAGUGACAGUAGUGACAGUAAAUCAGAUAGCAGUGAUAGCAGCGACAGUAGUGACAGCAGUGAUAGCAGUGACAGUAAAUCAGAUAGCAGCGACAGCAGCGACAGCAGCGACAGUAAAUCAGAUAGCAGUGACAGCAGUGACAGCAGCGACAGUAGUGACAGUAAAUCAGAUAGCAGUGACAGCAGUGACAGUAGUGACAGCAGUGACAGCAGCGACAGUAGUGACAGCAGUGACAGUAGUGACAGUAAAUCAGAUAGCAGUGAUAGCAGCGACAGCAGUGAUAGCAGUGACAGUAAAUCAGAUAGCAGUGACAGCAGUGACAGUAGUGACAGCAGUGACAGUAGUGACAGUAAAUCAGAUAGCAGUGAUAGCAGCGACAGCAGUGAUAGCAGUGACAGUAAAUCAGAUAGCAGUGACAGCAGCGACAGUAGUGACAGCAGUGACAGUAGUGACAGUAAAUCAGAUAGCAGUGAUAGCAGCGACAGCAGUGAUAGCAGUGACAGUAAAUCAGAUAGCAGUGACAGCAGCGACAGUAGUGACAGCAGUGACAGUAGUGACAGUAAAUCAGAUAGCAGUGAUAGCAGCGACAGCAGUGAUAGCAGUGACAGUAAAUCAGAUAGCAGUGACAGCAGUGACAGCAGCGACAGCAGUGACAGUAGUGACAGCAGUGACAGUAGUGACAGCAGUGACAGUAGUGACAGCAGUGACAGUAGUGACAGCAGUGACAGUAGUGACAGCAGUGACAGUAGUGACAGCAGCGACAGCAGUGACAGCAGUGACAGUAGCGACAGCAGUGACAGCAGUGAUAGCAGCGACAGCAGUGACAGUAGCGACAGCAGUGACAGCAGUGACAGUAGCAACAGCAGUGACAGCAGUGAUAGCAGUGACAGCAGUGACAGUAGUGACAGCAGCGACAGCAGUGAUAGCAGUGACAGUAGCAGCAGCAGUGACAGCACAUCUGAAAGCAAUGAUGAGAGUGACAGCCAGAGUAAGACUAGUAAUGGCAAAAACAAUGGAAGUGAUAGUGACAGUGACAGUGACAGCGAAGGCAGUGAUAGCAACCACUCAACCAGUGAUGAUUAG